AGUGUAGCGGCGGGAGAAUAAGGGAAAGCUCGCUUGUACAAAGUCGCUCCCGAGCUGAAACCGCGAAAUUUUUUGUAACAUUUAGCAUCGAAAAAAGCGCUUAGCUAAAUUACACAGUCAGAAAAAAAUAAAAAACGCGGAUAUUUUCCCCUUUUUUCUUUAAUUAAAUAACAACUUUACUGCAAUAAAGUAUUAGUGUAUGAAAUCAGAUCAAAUUGUAUAUUUAGCUGGAACACAAUGACAAGAUUGAGAACAAAAAAUUCUUUGGCGAUGCUUGAUCAACUGAGCACCAAUGUCGCCACCUCCACCGCGACAACGACAGCCGCUACUAACGUUGGGUCGGUCACCAAGUCCAACACAAACGGGAACAAAAGACCAACCAUCAUCAUUUAUCCGACUGAGAGCGAGCAAGACGUCGUAACUGUGAAUUAGAUCGUGGAGAAUUAUCAGUGGUGCGACUGUCGCCGAUGAAGAGCCGAGUACGUGCCGUGAGUCUAGUGCGCUCACCUCGACCAUUACCAACUCUUGAGCUCGACACCGUAUUAGAAGAACGUUCCGACCCUGAACAGACUACACUUUCUCAAGUAAAUGAAAUAAUAAUAUAUUUUUUAGUAGAUACUUUGUUUCAAAUUAGCAGCGUCAUAUCGGAAUACAUUCUGCAAUAGUAAAUACCUGUCACCGGCGAUGUUAAUUCCUGCCUAAUCGUAAAUACCUCCAUACAACGGGAGAGAUCCAUGUACAGCUGUGGACUUAUAAGUGACUUAUUAAGGAAGAAAAAAUGUAAAAGAAAUUGACUAUCAUCAAUUAUUAGUAAGUUUUUUUUUAUAUACGAGAAGGGGCAAUCUCUGAUCAGCCAGAAAACUGGUGAUCCAAUUGCAUAAUUUCUCAGAAAGCCCAUAGAAAGGAAGCUUCGAAAGAAGCGCUUUGUGUCAGACCCGAUCGAAGGCCAUCGCUAUGUCCAAACUUUCGGCCAAUGCCUCCCCUUUGGACUCGAUCACCUGUGGCCAUCUAUGUGUUAGGUAAACAAGAAGAUCACCAGCUGAGCGUCCCCGACGGAAACCGUACUGGCGGUCACUAAUCAGCUGAUGCUCCUCAAGGUACAACAUGAGAUGGCAGUUAAUAAAGGACUCCAUUAUUUGCGAGAACAAAUAUAUGAUGGCGAUAGGCCUGUAGUUGGACGGAUUAGAGCGGUUACCAUUUUUAGGGAUUGAGUGCACGAAAGCUGUCCUCCAUGAAUUCGGGACAACACCUAGGGAGUACAAGUACCGGAAAAGACGCGUAGGAACCGGUGCCAACUCUGGCUGGCACUUCCCCAGCACAAUUGGCGGGAUUCCGUCAGGCCCACUCGACUAGUGUAUUUCUAGGGAGAGGAGUGCUUUACGUACAGAGUACUGUGUGAAUCAAACACCAGACAUAGAGCACUCUCACGUCGGUAUGGUCGGCGAUGUGCUCCCCCCGUCAUCGUGAGUCGAGUUGGACACAAAAAGGGAACCUAAAAUGUCGGCUUUCUCUUUUGCGACGUGGGCCAGUGAGUCAUCCUUCCUGUGCAGAGAUGGUAGAAAUUCCAUUGAACAGCAUUGGCGAGAGACCAGAAGCCAGGGGUUCCCGAAGGAAGGUGAUCUAGUUUCUCGCCAAUUCUGCAUAUGGUGCUCUGACUUUACCCUCGCAAUAACUCUUUUGAAGGACCUGGAGGCGAAAAUAUACUUCUUUUUAAGCAUGCUGGUGUUUACAUCCCGGCUCGGGCCCAGGCCUGAUAACACUCCUGCUUACUGCGUAAUGCAGUCUUACAGGAGCGACCAAACCAAGGCUGAGAUCUGCCUCUAAUGGGUACCACAGAUGAUGGAAUAAAUAGUUCUAUUCCCUGUAGCACCACAUCAGUGACAGAGUCAGCAACAGCGCUAGGAUCAUUCGGCAAAGAGCAAACCCACCCCCACGGGUAGAAUGCAAAGAAUGGCCGCAUUCCGUCCCAAUCCCCCGACCUGUAAUGCCAAACACGGCGAGAGCCACCCGUAAACACGGGGAUGUCUAUGCGCAGCCAAAGGAUGGACAGGUCCGUACCUUCAAGACAGUAAGUAGUCAGUUUUAAACAUAUAUACGAGUACGUCUUAGUGAUGGGAUCAGGCGUCCUCGUAUAAGCAUGAGUAUUUAUGUUACACGAUAUAAUUGUCAAUUGUAAGCCGAUUUUGAUGUUCUUUUUUUAUUAAAUAUAUUAUAGAUUAGAAGAAUUGCUACAUAAAUUUGAAAAAUAAUUUCCACACCUAAUUACAAAAUAAACAUUCAAGGAUGGCAAAUUAGGGGAUUGAAGUAUUCAAUGUAACUAUAUAGUCGAUAUUAGGCCACUCAAAACGGUAAAGAAAUUACUUUAAAAAAAGCCGAUUACAAAGAACUAAAUAGAAAAUAAUUUCACUAUCUUAGCACCGCCCGGGGAAUGUGGAAUUAUUUUAUUAUAUUUAGUUCUUUGAAGUUGGCGUGUACUUUUUAUUAAAAGUUAAUUUUUUACUUAGAGGAUUAUUAAGCAGUAUUUUAAUCUUACAUAGUAAGAAAAAGUAAUAACUUAUGAAACGCUUUAGUUAAGGGAAUUUCACAAGUUACGUAUUAUUUUGUUUUAUUUAUCAUAUUAGAAAACUUACAGCUAAAACAUCAACUAAUACAUUAAUAAAUAAACGAAAAAGACCAACACAGAUAUUUUCACAGAUAUAAGUAGAUUUUCACAGAUAUAAGUAAAGCAGUAAAUAUUUAUCAUGUUGAUGAAAAUGAAUAAUUUUUGAGUUUUAUAUUCAAGUGUUAUUACAUUGCACCAAGGGAACAAGCUACAUAUACAUACAUAUAUAUACGUCACGCCUGUAAUCACCGAAGGGCUCGGAUUACGCUAACCAACAAAAAUAUGGUUGUAGAUGGAAAAUUGUGAAAGAAGUGAUAGAUUGCUAACCUAACGCCCUCACCAUCAUAAACCCAAUGGUAGCACAUUCAUUUUCUUCAUUUUUACAUAAACAUUCAUUCUUACAUAAACAUGAGGCCUAUAAGUCUCACACUAACAUGGGACAUGUUAUACCCUAGAUAUUAUUUUCAGGUGGACAUUACACCGGACCGAGAAGUGGGUACGAUAUUAUUCAGUGCAAUAGGUGCAGUAGGAACGGCGGCAGCCGCAGCGGCGGCAUGCGCUCGUGACAGCUAGCGGCGAGACUCGGCGCAGCUCGGCGCACGCUCGCCGCUUUGGGCCGCGCUCACCAGCCAGCCACUCGACGAGGACGAUGCUCAAGAUCCUUCCUACGACAGCUAACAAGAACUGGACGAUGGCUCCGUCGCUGACAUCGGCAAGCGCAUGCAGAUGUUCUUGGACAUUCCACUAAGAUUUUAGUUUGUCGUCAUGUCAAGUCAGUGUCAGGACAUACGAAGUUUAACUAUAUUUCGGUACAAAAUGUGACUCUUGAGAACUUAGAGAGUGAAGCCUGUAUACGUCAAUUUUAAUGUCUGUUUAUUUUUAAUUUAUUGAUCAAAGUGUACAUACAUAUUUUUAUUUUAUUUGUACCAUUAAACAAAAAAUUGUAUUGGUACUCAUGGUGUAAGGCUUUGUUAUUUAUAUCGUACAAAUUUUUGUAACACGGAUAUCAUUUUAGCUUAAGCGUUUUUAAAAAACUUUCCUAGUAAACAUAUUCUAAAAAAUGUGUGAAAAUUACGGUAGUCUUACGUGUCGUGUACAUUUUGACAUAUCUUUACACACGUUGCUAUUUCAAAUACUUGCAGGGAAUUGCUUGUAAAUUAACCAAAAAUAAAAAUAAAAUAUUUAAAUAAAAAUUAAAUAAGUCGACGUCUGCAACCAAAUUAUUUCACUCGCUUAAGUGUUAACAGCCAUAAGUUGAAACAAGAAAUCGAAUUUGCCUCGAGACACCAGUUAUUUAAAAAAAAUCGUCGUGAAUUUUUGGUUGAGUAAAAAUGUGUCUCACCUAUGAUACUUAUAAAUUAUUAUUACAAUGUUUUACAUAAAUAUAAUGAAAUCUUUAGUAAGUUGAUAAACGUUUGUAAAUAAAAUAAUAAAUUUAUAUUUAUUUAAGAACAUUUGUAGAUUACUAGAAAUCGCAAAAUCGGUUAGACUUGAGUUGUGGUCCUUCAACUUUAAUUAAGGUGCUGACUAAGUACCAAACACCAGCUCUAUCAAUUUGAAUAAAACAUCAUAAUAACCAUACUUGAAUAUUUUAUACUUAGUAAUGCGAAGCAACUUUGUAAGAUUGUAACUAAAGGCCAAAGUUAUAUCACAUACUAAAAUGUAUAUAAUUAUGUAUGAUCAGUGGUCACAUAAUAUCACGUUCUAGAUGGAUUCUAGUCGGAAUUACUUCAAAUAUAUACACAUACUAGUAAGGCACGUAGUGCUUUAAGUCCAGAUUAUAAAUUCAUGUAGCGAUCUGGCAAUAUUUUAAGGGACACUUUAAUAGCCUGUUAUCAUGAUGAUAAUAGUGCACCUAAAUCAAAAAUAUUUACUUUCAUUGAUUUAAGCGUUGCAUGAAACAAUAUAAUCAGUCUGUCUUGAAACAAAACAAGGUAAUUCAUUUAAAAUUGACCAAACCAAAAUUCAAUGAAAGUUAAAUGUUUAGGUUUUUUUUAAAUUAAACAUUUAACGUGAAUUGCAAGAUACAUAUAAAAUACCGUCAUAUUCAUUAUAUAUAAUAGUACCUACAAAUAAAUUUAUACAAAUACAUAGAUAUAAGAUAUAGGAUCUGUUUUAGACGUAGUUUUUAAGAGGAUAUCUGGUUUGCGUGAAGUUUAGAGAAUAUAAUAAAAUGAUAAAAAAGAUUAGAAGUCUUACCAGUGUUGAAACAGCUAGGCUAGUUUACUUUAGCUAUUUCCAUAGCAUAAUGGCGUAUGGUAUUUUACUAUGGGGACACGCAGCUGACACUGAAAUUAUAUUUGUUUUACAGAAGAGGGCCAUAAGAGCAAGUUAUGAUUUAAAGCCUAAAGAGUCGCUGCGACAAAAAUUUAAGGAAAUUAAUAUAUUAACUUUGGCCUCUCAAUACAUUUAUGAAAAUGUAAUAUACGUAUACAAAAAUAAAAGUAGUUUUACA